CCAGCGGAGAGACAGAUUAUACGGCUCUACACAACUGUUGUUUUAAUCCCCUGGGCGAGGAGAUUUAGCAAAGAAAAAACACAGGUUUUAAACCCAGCAGCCAUAUUGCAUGGAAAAACGACGGAAAGACUCCUGUUUUCAGAAAAAGUCGUUUUCUCAAACACCUCUGUUAAGACUUUUGGGGAGUUUAAUUGUUUUUCUUACUGGCGGUGGGUUUGUGUCGGACAGCUAGCUCGCCAGCUGGCUGAGGAAGUCAGAGAUUGGGACUAGUUUUGAGCCAUUUUUUCCCACUAUUUCUUUAGUUUUGAGGUGUUAAAUUAACCGUCUAAAAGAUGAAGGACCGAUUGGAGCAACUUAAAGCGACGUGCGAUCAAGAUGAUGACGAGGUGGAGAUCGCUGUGGACAACGCAGCCUUCAUGGACGAGUUCUUCUGUCAGAUCGAGGACAUCAGGAACAGUAUUGAUAAAAUUGAUGAGAACGUGGCUGAAGUGAAAAAGCUUUACUCAGUCAUUCUGUCUGCUCCCACAUCAGAUCAGAAAACACAGGAUGACUUGGAGGCAAUCACCAACGACAUAAAAAAGAUGGCCAACAAUGCAAGAAACAAACUCAAGACCAUCGAGAGGAAUCUGGAGUCAGAAGAGCAGGAGAGGGUGUCGGCUGACAUGCGGAUACGUAAAUCACAGCAUGCAGUGCUGUCCAGAAAGUUUGUGGAGGUAAUGACAAAGUAUAAUGAAGCCCAGGUGGACUUCAGGGAGAGGAGUAAAGGACGCAUUCAAAGACAAUUAGAGAUAACUGGAAAAGCAACAACAGAUGACGAACUGGAGGAGAUGCUGGAGAGUGGCAACGCUGCUGUGUUUACUGCAGGGAUUGUGGACGCUGGGAUUUCUAAACAGGCCCUGAGUGAGAUUGAAUCAAGACACAAAGACAUUGUCCGCCUGGAAAGUAGCAUCAAGGAGCUGCAUGAUAUGUUUGUAGACAUCGCCAUGCUGGUGGAGAGCCAGGGUGACAUAGUAGACAACAUAGAGCAGAAUGUAUCCAAGUCAGUGGACCAUAUCACAGUGGCUAAGGAACAGACCAAAAAGGCUGUAAGGCACCAGACCAAAGCACGCAAGAAAAUGGUGAUAAUAGUGGUGGUUGUGCUGAUCUUGGUGGGCUUACUAGCUCUCAUAAUCGGGUUGUCAGUUGGACUGAAGAAGUCAUGAGCUAUUUGAAUGAGAGGAGAGCUGAGGAAGAUGGUCAUUGUUGGUGCGGUCUGUGCUAUGGUUGUUGUCAUCCUCCUCAUUGUCAUCCUCACCUGGACACUAUAACAGGACUGCUGUUUUGCUACCAUCAUCAGUUUAUCCAUCAUCCACUCCACCCCAUCUUCCAUCAGCCAAAGAAAAACCUGAUUGCUCCAUAUGGAUAUAAUGAUAUUUAACCUGCAGAUGCAAGGACUAGUAAUACAUUUCUGGGAAAAAAAAAAAGACUGAUGAAACUUAUAAAAAACUUUUAGUCCAAUCAGAGCCGUCCUUCCUGUUCUGUGAGGUCUGUUUGACUCCUUUAGUUUGAGAAUGCUCUGCUGCAAAUGUGGAAAUGAGACUGAAGCUGGUAUGAGGUGCAAUAACUAUUGUAUCUCUGCAGAGGGGAAAAAAGGGAAUUGAAAAAUAAUCGAUCAUAACGUCACUCCAGUGCCUCUACUGUACAUUUCACUGUCCAAUGUUUAAAGCCAAAGAAUCAGCCUCGAAGUCCUCUGAAAUUGAUUUCAAUGUCCAGUAAGUUGGACUCUUGUGAAGCGCUGUGGAAGCACCCUUAUUGUUAUUUCUUGCCUUUAUGAGCCUUGACACAUGUGAUUGAAAAGCUAGCUACUGUAUGUUCACUGUAUUUGGGAUUUUGUUGGGUUUUUGGGGAGGGGGGCAGGGGAUUUCCAGCACUUUCACAUUUCAAAAUAUGACUUUAUUACUGUAAUUAUUAAGGUGAGAUGAUCAUGUGACUAAUAUAAUUAUUACUUCCGUGUAGCCCUGAAAUAUGGCUCAGUUCUUUAACUGGAAGAGGAUCGGUGUGCUCACUUAUGAUUCUUCAGUUUAGAGAGCCCAGUGGUUCUGAUUUUAAAUAUGAAGGAUGGUGCUUAUGGAAACACAUUUCAAAGACGAGGAGAAAAAAAGAAGACAGCACUGCAGCAUCUUGUUUUCUAUCUUUGCAAACUCGUAUAGCCAUCAUGACCUUCUACACAUAUACAGACAUUAUUGUCUCCCCUGUUUUAGUGCUGUAAAAACAUUUUUUAAUGCCAAAAUGUAUGAAGAGAGGCUGGAAGUGACACUUGCUGUUAUAAUUUCACUGCCAGAAUAGUUUAGUAAGUAAAUAACAGUAAUGUAUUUAUUAUAUUAUGUUGCCAAUAAAGUCGCACAUACAAGAUAAAGUGUAAAAGGACACUAUCUAACCUACAGUAAGUCUCUCUGAUUGGUGUCUUUCGGUACAAGGUAGAUUUUUCUUAAACGCGAGAUGUGUGAUGUGCAUUUUAAUUUAGGACUCGAUAUAUUUCUGCUGUAAACAUACAGCUCAGUUACACCUAAGUUUAUUAGGUACAACUAUCUGAAAUUAACAGCCCUGCAAUAAAUGUAACGUUCAUAAAAGUUUAAACAGCUUUAUAGAUAUGUUGGUUAAACUUUGUGGGCAUUUUGGAGACAGUAGUUGAUGGUGCUUUUGAAUUGAGUUACAUACAGUGUGUCUAUAAUUGAGCCUGCCUUCAGUGAUACAAAGAGGGUGAGCUUAGUAGCAGAAACACCUCUCAGUAUAACGGUUAACAACUCAACAGCACCGCUUACUACAGUCUCGACGAAUGUCUAAAUCAACAAAAACUAAAUCUUUCUCACUGCAAAUAUUUUGACUUGUCAUAGUAGGAAAAACUAGUGAUGAUUAAUGAUAACUUUGUUCUCUUUAAGUGCGUCAGUGAGACAGACAGUGAGCCAUAAUUCACUGAAUUAUUUACACCGGUGCUUUUCCUAAUGUCACAGGUCAAAAUGUCCUCUGUGAAGGCUUGUAACCUAUGUUUUUUUUGUUUUAGUCUGUAUUUUAGAAAAUGUUUUGAUGAAAAUCUGAAUCUUUAUUGGCAUCAAGGGUAACUUAAGUUUUGGUUUGGACCCUAUUUUUCCAUUUGUUAGUGUCUAAGUGACUUAACAGCAAGUUUAGGUCCAGUGUUGAGCGAGAGUGCUGCAGCAGGGAAUCAUGAAACAGACGUCAAUAUGCACUGUAUAUGAAUGUCCUCUGAAAGUGCUUUAUUGCCACUGAGAGGGUCAGAUUGAGAAGUAUUAUUGAGGAUCGAAUACCUACAGAGAUAGACCUUUUGUAAAAGAGUAAGAUCCUUUUUGUUAAACCAGAAAAAAAGCCCCCAAAUCUCCAUUGCCAGACACACCGUACCCUAUUUAAAUAGACAGUAAUUUAAUCCUUUUAAAACACUCUUAAUUCAAAGUCAACAGAAACAAAUAAAACUCACAAAGCUGUUUUCAUUCAUCUCUCCACUGUCCAACAAUCACAACUCCUGGUUUGGCUGGAAUAAUAUUUAUUAACCCAGUUAGAAAAACAGUUCAUCAUACAAUUGUGCCAACUUUCCUCUAGCCACCCAAACCCACCCUCCAUAACCUCCCUCCACCCAGGCUGUGGGCUAUUAAAGAAAAUAAUAAUAAUAAUUUAACAUUCACGUAUAAGAGACAAAACAAAUGCACCAAAAAAAAGAAUUGUUUAUGGAAAUGGAGUCUGGUGGGUUUGACAAUAGCGAUUUCAAUGUUUUCUCUGGUUAAACAAAAAGGAUCUUUCUCUGUAGUGGCCUUUUUCAUAAUGUUGUCAGACACUUAUGAUAAAAAUCUGAGCCGGUCAGUGGCAAAAGCAAGAACUUUUAAUGGACAUAAGCUUAUUUUGCAAAAUGCUUUCUGCCAAACUUUCUUAAUACUGGACUAAUUUCAAAAAUCAUUGUUCCCAUUAAUCGCUUAGAUACAAACACAUGAGAAAAUAGGGGCCAUGCUGAAAAAUGUAAGUUACCCUUUAAACUAUACGUGUUUGUAGUCAGAUUUGUCACAUAGAUAUAUGAAAAUGUUGUCAAGAAACCAAACUAAAUGCAUGAAUCAUUUGUUACAGGGCUGUUAGCUAGGUGUGCCAAAUAAAUUGGCUUUGAUUCUGGUAGCUCCCCAUCAUUUCAUUUGACCCCUUUGUCUUAGAGGGGUGAAUGUGUCAUCUUUAGAGUUUAUUAAACCAAAAUGUUGACACCCAGAGGCUUUAAUGUGGCAGUUAAAGCUGGUGAUUGUAGCUGUGUGUGCAACAACCCAAUCAAAGACACUAUUUCCAGUCAUUAAAGCGACAGGUAUUGACCACAUACAAGGUUUUUGUCGCUGCCAUCACUGAGGGAAGCGUUUGUUUCUGUUAGCCCACAGCCUGAAUGGUUCCCUUUAAUUCUGGUUGCGCGGGGAGCACUUGAAAGUGAGAGGCCUCCCCAGCUUGCUCUUUUGACCACACAGUCUGCUAUUUUGGCUUCUGCCCUCCACUGUUCAGUCGUAAUGCUUCUAUUCAAGCCUUUUUUUCUCCACACACCGUUUCAACCAGCAGCACAAGCUGCAAAAAGAGAGGGAGUAAAAAACAAAAGCUGUUGUUCACUUUAAAAUUAACAGAUUUUAAUGAGAAUUAAAGAUUUUAUGUUUUUUAA